AUGUCUAGCACAAACUUCGACUCGAACCAGGCGGCUACUUGGAGCAAAUAUCUGGAAGAUGCACCGCCGCCUGUUUUCCCCCGUCGCCUCAACUUAUCUGUGGCACCAGCUCCCGACUCCCUGCUCCGACGUAAGAUUGCUCUUCCCAAGAAGCGCACUACAAAGGUCCCAGUCGAGACUCUGAUCCAGCUUGCCUGGUCUCUUGUCAACGUCUACUACUCCGACGCUGCGGAUGUUGUAUUUGGCUUGGCCGUCAUGAAUGAAAUCGAUGAAGCCGAAAUCGACGAUUCUGUGACAGCUAUCCCUUCUCGAUUCUGUAUGCAGCCAGAACAGACGCUUGCUGCCUGCCUCAAAGAUAUCGAGUCUCGCGAUAUUCCCCUCAUCUGCUCGGAAGGGAUUACUCUAGACAACAUCGCCAAUCUCGGCAUCGACAUGCUGAAUGCUACCAGGUUUGAUAAUCAACUCGUCAUCUGCGGCGAUUCCAUGAGUUCCGGAUCCGUUCAGCUGGAUCGCGCCCUCAAUGUCGAGUGUACCCUGACCCGUGCCGGCGUCAUGGCUCAAGCUUUCUACGACGAGACCAUCGUGGACCGCACCGAAAUGCAACGCAUCCUUGGGACUUUUGAAAAUGUCCUGCAGCAGCUCUGCGAACCCUCCAGCAUGAUCAAAUCCUUGGCUGAAAUCAACCCCAUCAGCGCUCAAGAUCUUGCUCAGGUUAGCGAAUGGAACAAGGCUAUCCCGCCAGCCGCUAAUGACUUGAUGCAAAACAUGGUGCAAACUCGCAUCGAGCAAAGCCCUGAUGCAGAAGCUAUCUGCGCUUUGGGCGUUUCCAUUUCCUACAAGGAGCUGGAUCAGAUGGCUGAUAAAUUCGCCCACCACUUGGCUGCCAAGGGCGUCAAGCCAGGAACCAUUGUGCCAUUUAUGAGCGAGAAGAACCCUCUGGUUAUUCCGAUCUUACUUGCCAUCAUCAGAAGCGGCGGUGCUUUCGUACCCUACGAUCCUGCACAUCAGUGGGAAGAUACGGCCGGCCUUCUCGAGGCAUGUGAAGCCAAAUUCGUGGUUUGCUCGCCUGACCAUAAGCAACGAUUUGACGACCAUGGCAUAGAUGCCAUCGUCUUUGACACGGCGUUCUUCGAUGGACUACCAGCCCUUGGACCCAUUGCAAGCACGGUCACCCCUCAAGAUCCUGGUUACGUGAUCUUCACCAGUGGCUCUACAGGCAAACCCAAAGGCAUUGUCUGCUCCCACAGCGCUUGGUGUACUAACACACUGGCCCAUGGGCCUCGAGAAUUCUGUGACGCAGAGACCCGACACUUGCAGUUCUCCGCAUACACUUUCGACAUCAGCAUCACCGAUAUUUUUACUACUCUUGCCUUUGGUGGCACAGUUUGUGUUCCUUCCGACCACGAGAAGAUGAACGACCUGCCCGCCGCGAUCAACCGCAUGUCCGUCAACCAUUGUACCAUGACGCCAACUGUGGCACAAUUCCUGUCUCCAGAUAAUGUGCCGACUCUCAAGACACUUAUUACUGGUGGCGAGGCCAUGCCAGCCGAUUUCAUCAGCAUGUGGAGCGAUAAGAUCCACUUGAUCAACUCAUAUGGCCCUGCAGAGACGACAUCUCGUGUGAGCAGCUCCCUCAAGAGUCUCGGAGACAAGGGGAGUGUUAUUGGCACAAACAUGGGCGCAGCCCUUUGGGUGACUCAAAGUAAUGAUCCAGAGAGACUUUUGCCCAUUGGUGCCAUAGGAGAGUUGAUCGCUGAAGGAAACGUCCUCGCAGAUGGAUAUCUCAAGAACGAGGAGAAGACUCGUGAGGCAUUCAUCGACGCUCCGAAGUGGCUCAAGGAGGCAUAUCCCGAGCGUGCGCAUCAAAAAGUAUACAGAACAGGCGAUCUUGUUCAGCAGCAGUCUGAUGGCGCAUAUGCUUUUAUUGGAAGACGCGACACACAAAUUAAAAUUCAUGGCGUUCGCUUGGAAGCUGGUCACAUUGAAGCCAAGAUCAAGCAAGAGCUGCCCGAUAAUGCGGAAUUGGUGGUCGACAAGAUUCUGGUUGGCGAGGAUCGCCCGAAGCAGAUGCUUGCGGCUUUCAUCACACUACCUGAUCUUACCGCUCCAGGUGAAGCCAAGGGGACUGAGCUGUUGCCGCCAGAUGCUGCAGUCCGUGAUGUUGUUUCUAGACUCCACCAAACUCUAUUGGCCCAGUUGCCUUCUUACAUGGUCCCCAACUUUAUCCUACCCUUGCGUGCUAUUCCUUUGGGAACUACGGGCAAGGUGAACCGAAGAGGAUUGCAAUCGUUCGCUCGCGGCCUGCCUAUCGACGUACUGAAUCAGUACAAUGGCGCAUCUGCAACUGGUACCGGAGAGCGACCCCGCGGCGAGAUCGAGAUCACUUUGGCAAACCUUUGGGCGGAUAUCCUUCAGGUUUCCGCAGAUUCCGUCAGCCGCGAAGACAGCUUUUUCGCUCUUGGUGGAGAUUCUGUGCAAGCUAUGAAGCUGGUUUCCGAAGCUGCGACCAUGGACUUGCACUUUUCCGUCGCUGAUGUCUUUCAAUUCUCAAUUCUUUCCGACUUGGCCCAAUUCCUUGAGGGGCCCUCAGCUAAUCACGAGCCUAUCACGAUCGAAGAUAUCGAAGAGUUCGAGCUAAUUGGUGGCCCCAACAAGUUCAGAACACUCCGUGAGCAACUCUCCAAGGUUCACAAGAUCCCCGUGAACCGUGUCGAAGACAUAUAUCCCUGUCUUCCAAUGCAGGAGGGCAUGAUGGCAGAAAACAUCGGAUCACCCGAAGCUUACAUUCUGCAAGAAGUGCUCAAGCUCUCCAGUAAAGUUGAUCUUGCCAAGCUCGAGGAAUCUCUUGAAGCCCUUGUCGAGGCAUAUCCGAUCAUGAGAACUCGAAUUAUUACCUUGAAGCAGCUCGGCGCGUGCCAAGUUGUGAUGACAGAUGACGAACCAGUCGAUAUCGAGUAUGAUGAUGAUUUGGCCUCGUUUCUCGUCAGGGACAAGAAAAACCACAUGGAUUACGGUGAUACAAUGAGUCGAUUCGCCAUCAUUCAAGAGCCAUCUGGCGAUCGAUACCUAGUCUGGACCGUGCACCAUGCUGUCACCGACGGGCAUAUGCACCAAGACAUUUUGGGGCGUCUGGAACGAGCUUACCGCGAUGAACCUCUUCCAGAAACGCUGCCGUUCAACCAAGUCGUCAAACUUCACUCUGAGAGACAGACUGCGAGUGCGAAUGCUUUUUGGGGCAACCAAUUCUCUAAGUGGGAUGGGAUACACUACCCUGAAUGCGAAGAAACGUAUGAGCCUGUGAUCACCGACUAUGUCAGCCGUCAAGUCAAGUUGCCUAAGGAAGCAUCUGGAUUCACACCAUCUAUCCUGUUUCGCGCAGCGUGGGCACUUGUACUUGCGCAGCUGAGCAACCAAACCGAUUUAAUCAUGGGAAUUACUCAAUCCGGUCGAGACAUCCCUCUGCCUGGCGUUCAUGAGUCUUUGGGGCCAUGUCUAGCAACUGUUCCGUUGCGUGUCCUGAUAGACAUGGAGCAGUCCGUUGCAAAGUUCCUGAACCAACUGCAAUCGCAAUACAUCGAUAUCAUCGAAUAUCAACACACAGGUCUGCAGCAUAUCCGCAAGGCUAGCAACGAGAGUGCCGCGGCCAUUGGAUUCCACAAUCUGCUUGUGGUACAGCCCGUGACACGGAACAGCUCGAAACUAUUUGUUCCCGAUGAGUCUCGAAAUGCUGGAGAUGAACUCAACUUCGGACUACUUGUUGAAUGUAAUCUGUCCUUCGGCGAGGUCAAUGUCCGUGUAGGAUUUGACAAGACUCUGGUUUCUGCAAUCAGUGCAGACUUGAUCGCGCAACGAUUGGAACAUGUCUUCCACCAACUGAGCAGCAAAUCCAGCAGGGAAACACCUCUCAAGGGUCUUUCCAUUGUCAGUCCUGCCGAUAUGAAACUUCUUGAGAAGUUCAACCCCGAGGUCGAGCCCAUGGAGCAGUGCAUGCAUUGGCUGAUCGAAGAGCAAGCCCGACUCCAGCCCAAUGCCCUCAUGAUUGACUCAUGGGAUGGGCAACUUACGUAUCGUGAGGCAAACGAAUACUCAGAUAGGCUGGCCGGGGUGCUCAUUGGUCUCGGUGUCGGGCCAGAAGUUCUCGUGCCGUUUGCGUUCGAGAAGUCAGCCUGGGGUGUCAUAGCCAUCCACGCGAUCAUGAAAGCCGGCGGUGCUUGCGUCGCCAUGGAUAUGUCUCAUCCUCGAGCAAGACACGAAAAGAUUAUCAGCGACACAGAAGCAAAAGUCAUCGUGGCCUCUCGAUUCUACGCCGAAAAGAUUGACCUAGUCCCGCAUGUUAUUGCUGUAGAUCAGCAAGCACUGGACCAAAUGCCCCGUCGCCCCGCCUCUGCGCGCACAAACGUCGCACCAAACAACACUGCUUGGGUUGUGUACUCUUCCGGCUCGACUGGAACCCCGAAGGGAUCAAUCCUCGAGCAUCGAUCCCUCUGCACUACCUCCCGCAUCAACUCUGGACUCUUGACGUGCAAUUCAUCCACUCGUGCCAUUCACUUUUCAUCAUAUUCCUUCGAUGUUUGUAUCGAGGAGACAAGCAUCAUACCCAUGUAUGGUGGCUGUAUCGUCAUUCCCAGUGAGGAGGAUCGUCUCAAUGACCUACCUGGAGUCAUGGAACGCAUGAGAGUCAACUGGGCUGAUUUGACACCAACCGUUGUCCGCAUGUUGAACCCUGAGAACUGUCCUUACCUCGAUGUCAUGGCACUGGGAGGUGAAGCACUCACCCAAGACAUUAUCAACACUUGGGACAGGAAGCCUGGUUUCCGCCUGUUCAACACCUAUGGCCCUUCCGAGUGCAGUAUUCAAUGCACAUCUAGUGAGCCUAUGCAGACUCUGAAGACGGGUGCCGUUGGCGGAAAUGUUGGAAUUCCCAGAAACUGUAAGGUCUGGAUUGUCGAUCCUGAUUCCUUAAGACCGCUACCAGCCGGUAGUGUAGGAGAGCUUCUUAUCGAGGGUCCUCUAGUCGCAAGAGGCUACUUGAAAGAGGAAGCAAAGACCAAGGCUGCAUUCCUCGACAACCUGUCCUGGGCUCCUGGUAGACGCUUCUACAAGACCGGUGACCUGUUCUCCUUCAAUAUGGAUGGUACUCUUAACUGCCUUGGACGAAGUGACAGUCAAGUCAAACUCUACGGCCAACGAAUCGAGCUCGGCGAAAUCGAAUUCAAUGUGAAGAAGCACCUGAGCGACCCAGACUCUUCUCAGGUCAUUGUUGAAUGUUUUGCGCCAAACGGAGAGCCGGGUCGCAAGCUUUUGGCGGCCUUUGUCCAACUAGUCCCAAACAAUGCGACUGAUAUGGAGAUUAUGGACAUGUCAGAGUUCCUGCGAAACCAGCUGGCAGAAGUCAAGAAAAAGGUCGCCAAUGAUAUUCCCAAGUACAUGGUCCCUUCGCUCUUCAUUCCCGUCAUUAGUCUUCCAUCAAACGCCUCUGGCAAGACUGACCGCAAAAAGCUCCGUGGAGAGGCUGCGGCCUUCAACCAGCAGCAACUUGCUACAUAUUCGCUGUCGCAGGCUGCCGAGCCAUCUGCCAAGGUCGCCCUGUCCUCUGUUGUGGAACAGGCGCUCGCUGGUUUGUGGGCUGAUGUCCUACACAUUGAUCUUGCCCAAGACCCCAUUGGCGCCAAUGACAGCUUCCUGGAACGGUCUGGAGACUCUAUCACUGCAAUGCAACUGGUCGGUAAAGCCCGUGCUGCUGGCCUCGCCUUAUCGGUUCCGGUCAUUAUGAAGGCUCCUCGCCUGGCAGAUAUGGCGCUCGCAGCCAAGCGCAUUGACGGCGUUGAGCUCAAAGUUCCAAAUAUUCCUACUGCCAAAGUCACGAAAUCUGAAGCGACUACAUCUGUCGCCAAGCCAAGUGCUUCUGUCCCAGUAGCGAAGCAAGUACCUUCAGCGUCCACGUCACCCACGCAAGUUACAAAGACCACCGAAACGACAGUUGCGUCAACCAAGAUCCCUUCCGCCCCCUCCCGCCCCCGAAUGAUCUCCAAGGCUGCUCUUUCUUCGCAGCAUUGGGACAUGCUUCUCGAGAACCAUAAUAUCCACCAGGAUGCAAUUGAAGACAUCUAUCCAACAACGCCUCUCCAGGAAGGUUUGGUUGCCUUGACGGCCACUGACGGAUCCAGCUAUGUCCUGCGCGAUAUAUAUGAACUCCCUCACAACGUCGAUACCGCCAAGUUCCAGCGGGCCUGGAAUGCUGUGGCUCGCAAAGAUAGCAUCCUGCGAACAAGGGUAGUCUUCCUCGAAGGACUUGGCUCUUGCCAGAUUGUCAUGAACGAGGACCUCCAAUGGCAAUCGGCCAGAAAUAUGGCGACCUACCUGGAGCAGGAUAGAUCCGAGUCAAUGGGCUAUGGCACUCCUCUAUCACGAUAUGCUAUUGUCGACAAUGGAAAGAACAGAAAGUUUGUUUGGACGGUGCAUCACGCUCUCUACGAUGGCUUCUCUAUGGGCCUAACCUUUGCCGGCGUUGACGCGGCAUACAACAACCACGCUGCUCCUCACUCGAGGCCAUUCCGGGACUUCAUCGAGUAUUUGCAGAAUAUCGAAAGCGAUACUUCUGACGCAUUUUGGGAGAAUCAGCUCAAGGAGCUAGAGACAGCCCCAUUCCCACAACCGCCCACCGGCCAUCACUGCCAGGCAGACAACACGGUGUCAUACGCCAUCCCCUUCACCGUUGAACGCAAAGCCGGUGUCACUAUUGCGACAAUUCUCAAGGCCGCUUGGUCCAUUGCAAUCUCUAGACUGUCGGACUCACCCGAUGUUGUGUUUGGGGUUACGCAAUUCGGUCGUGAUCUCGAUCUAGACGACAUUGACACCAUGAAUGGCCCCACAAUCACAACUGUGCCGGUACGCAUCAGGGUUGACCCGCAGGCUACUGUCAAGGAAUUCCUCGCCGGUGUGCAGAACCAGGGAAUUGACAUGAUUCCUUUCUCUCACGCUGGUUUGCAGAACAUCAAGAAGAUCAGCGAUGCAACCCGCGCCAGCUGUGACUUUCAAAAUUUGCUGGUCAUCCAGCCCGCCGAGGAAGAAGAAGAGUCAGCUCUGUUCAAGAAGCAUGAAAAUGCUACAACUUCCAAUUAUCUCAGUGGUUUCGGUCUCGUCGUCGAGUGUGCUCUUGGUGCUGGCGAGGUCACUUUCUCUGCACACCACGACUCUACGGUGAUCACAGCGCCACAAGUCGAACGAUUGCUGCACCAGUUCGAGCACUUGCUUAACCAACUACAAGUUCAGACUGGAAAAAUCAACAACGUCGACAUGUUUUCUGCUGCAGAUCGGGCAGAUAUCUCUGCUUGGAAUAGCAACUACCCCAAAGUGAUCCAGAAGACGAUGUCCGAUAUCAUCAUGCAGCAAGCAGCAAAUACGCCAUCAGCUCCUGCAAUUGCCUCUAGGGCAGUGAAUCUGACCUACAAGGAGAUGGGUGAGCUGACGAAUCAUCUUGCUCAUCAACUCCAGUCUCUUGGCGUAGGCCCUGAGAAGAUUGUGCCAAUUUGUCUUGAGAGAAGCCCCGAGGCAAUCUUGUCAAUGAUUGCAAUUCAGAAGGCUGGAGGAGCUUUUGUUCCCCUCAACCCGACUGAUCCAACUGACCGAUUGCUUGACUUGAUUGAUCAGGUCGAGGCCAACGUUGUCAUAUUUUCUGAGCAAACCAGACACCUUACAUCUAGCCUGGCUGUCAGCGGAGUCUCGCCGGUUGUUCUCCCCGAGAACAUUACUGGAUGGGGUCCUCUGAGGUCCAGUCCUGUCCUAUCGGGCGCAAACUCUUCGAACCUUGCAUAUGCACUAUUCACGUCUGGCUCGACUGGUCGACCUAAAGCUGUCAUGAUCCACCAUCAAUCUGUGACCUCGAGUACAUAUGGCCACGGUGUUGAGAUGGGCUUUGCCGACUACCCACGACGCACGCUACAGUUUGCAACUUACACAUUUGAUGCCUGCAUCGCCGAGAUCUUUACUGCGCUUCAUUUCGGCGGUUGCAUCUGCAUUCCCACGGAGCAUGAACGCAUGAACAACCUUGCCAAGUUUAUCCGCGACUUCAAGUGCGAUUGGGCUUUCUUCACACCCUCGUUUGUCAGACUCCUGAAGCCCGACGAAAUUCCCUGCUUGAAGACUAUCGUCCUUGGAGGAGAAGCCCUAAACCAGGAAUGUGUCGAUAUCUGGGGUGACAAGGCUCACCUGAUGAAUGGCUACGGCCCCACAGAGACGUGUGUAUUCACUGUGACGCGAACAGUCCCCGGUCCAAAGAGCUCGAAGAAAGCUCACCCAGCAGCGACGAUUGGUCAUCCAGUCAGUUCAAUUGGUUGGGUCGUUGACCCCAACAAUUACAAUACGCUCACCCCGGUCGGCUGUCCCGGCGAGCUACUGAUCCAAGGCCCAAACGUUGCCAGAGGCUAUCUCAAGAACCCAGAAAAAACCGCCGAGUCAUUUAUCUCGAACCCCAAGUGGCUGCGGGCCUUUGGUCAUACCAAGUCUGAGCUCUUGUACCGAACUGGUGAUCUCGUUCGACAAGACGUGGAGACUGGAAUGUUGACAUACCUUGGAAGAAUCGAUGGCCAAGUAAAGAUCAAUGGCCAGCGAUUGGAGCUUGGUGAGAUUGAGACUCGACUUAAGGCGCAGGGAGCCAACGUCGAGUCGUCUGUCGUGCUUGCUGGCAAGACCAAGGCGGACAAGAAGCAAACACUAGCCGCAUUCGUCGAGUUCAUCGAUGCCCCCGGCAAGAAUCACAGUGUCAUGAUGGAAAUGAAUGAGUCCAUGCGAUCAAGAAUGAAGGAACUAGAGAGCUCCAUGCGUGCCUCUAUGCCCAAGUAUAUGGUUCCAUCGCUAUGGAUCCCGGUCAACCACAUGCCGAUUAUGGCCGCUAGUGGCAAGACCGACCGCAAGACGCUCAUUUCCCUCUUCAAGAACAUGGAUUAUGACCAAGUUGCCAUGUAUACUCUCGAGGCUGGCGAGGGGGUUACCGAGGUUCGCGAAGCCGAGACCGAUAUGGAAAAGACCAUCCUGGAGCUUGUUGCCCGUACCCUUGGUCGCGAUCCGUCAACAAUCCAUGUCAACGACAGUUUUCUUCGAGUCGGCGGUGACAGUAUCUCUGCUAUUUCGUUGGUGUCCAAUGCUCGUGCACUAGGCAUUACACUCUCGACCGAACAGAUCUUCCGUCAGCCUCGUCUCUACGAUAUGGCGGCUAAUGCCGCGAAGGAAGGACAAGUUGCUGCUGAAAGCGUGAAAGUCAUUGAACCCUACUCCCUUCUACCUGAGGGAAAGAAGUCAGAGCUCUUGGCCCUGAUCAAGCAGGAAUACGGCAUCAAAGAACAUACCAUUGCCGAUAUCCUACCUCCAACGCCGCUGCAGGAGGGUCUCAUUACUCUUACUCUCAAGGACAAAGAAGCGUACGUUCUUCGGGAGAUCUACCGUUUGCCAUCGAAAUUGGACAUUCCCCGUUUCAAAGCUGCUUGGGAGGCGGUAGUCAGGGACGCUGCGGCCCUGCGCACGAGACUCGUCAACCUUGCCGAUCAUGGAUGUUAUCAGGUCGUUAUGGAGCAGUCUAUCGAGUGGCAUACGCCUCAACGGGUGCAAGAGUACAUCAACUCUGAUAAGGAGGAGCCUUUUGGCUACGGCGUACCACUCGCUCGCUUUGCUCUGAUCGAGACUGACUACACUGGAUGCUACUUUGUGUGGUCCAUCCACCACGCUCUCUACGAUGGCUGGAGUAAAGGACUCAUCAUGCGACAGGUCGAGGAGGCAUAUCAUAGCUCCUCUCCUCAACCUACAGCGACCAAGACACCCCCUUUCAACCGCUUCAUUGACUUCCUCCAAAAGACCGACCCUUCCGAAACCAAGGACUUCUGGAAAGCCCAGUUUGCUGGUAUGGAGGCUCAGUCUUAUCCGCGACUACCAUCCGCCGCCUUUGCUCCAGUUCUUGACAGCACUUUGACCAUCAACCUUCCACUUGUGCGAAAGACUGGAUCCUCUUUCACCACCGGAACGAUUCUCAAGGCUGCUUGGGGAUUGGUAUUGGGUCGGUACACUGGAUCAGCCGAUGCUUUGUUUGGCUGCAUCCAAGCUGGUCGAAAUGUACCAAUCGACGGCAUCUCUGAUAUGAUUGGACCGACUAUCACGACAGUACCACUCCGUAUCAAACUUGAGGGCGAGCUCACUAUUGCCAAGUUCCUGCAAGCUGUUCAAGAUCAGUCAACGGAUAUGAUCAAGUACGAACACAGUGGUCUGCAGAAUAUUGCCAAGAUGAGCAACGAGUGCCGGGAAGCCUGCGCUUUCACAAACAUCAUGGUCAUUCAGCCGGGUAACCAACAUGAAGCGGACUUCGUUGGUGCCCAGAGGAUCGAAGAUCAGGACAAGGGCUUCCUCCGUUUCGGCAUGGGCUUGGAGUGUACUUUGAGGUCGAACCUCAUUGAGAUUACUGGAGGUUAUGACCAGCGACUCAUGUCAGAGGCUCAGAUGCGCCGUCUCCUCAAUCAAUUCAAGGCUGCAAUCUGCCAUCUCAACGACGAGCCUCAGAAUAUUGUCAGCGAACUCAGCUUGGUCAGUUCCGAAGACAUGGCUGAAAUGGCUGGUAUGAACGAAAACAUACCGGAUGAUAUCCAUGAAUGUACCCAUGAUGUGAUUCAUCAAACAGCGCAAGAGCGCUCGGAUGCCAUGGCUGUGAACGCAUGGGACGUUGACUUCAAGUACUUUGAACUGGACCAAUUGUCGACCAAGCUCGCAAACCACCUCCGAUCCUACGGUGUUGGUCCCGAGACUAUCGUGCCGCUCUGCUUUGAGAAGAGCGGUUGGGCUAUCGUUGCCAUGCUGGGUGUCAUGAAAGCUGGUGCUGCUUUCGUCUUCCUGGAUCCCGCUUACCCAAUGGCUCGUUUGGAUGAGAUUGUGUCCCAAGUUGAAGCCAAGAUUGUCCUUACUUCGCUGGAUCAGGCGCCCAUCUGGAAGACAUCCAAGAUCCCCGUCGAUGUCGUUGACAAUGUCUCCAUUGAGUCACUCCCCUCUGUUCCGUACCGCGCCGAUACCGGCGUCACGCCUUCGAACGCGUUGUACCUCAUCUUCACCUCUGGUAGCACAGGCAAACCCAAGGGAUGUGUCAUUGAGCACCACUCAUUCCUUACAUGUGCCAGAGCCCAAGCAGCCCGCUCAAAGAUGACUCCAUCGAGCAGAAUUCUUCAAGGCGCUUCUUACAGUUUCGAUGUCUCCAUUAUGGAAAUUCUAACUGCCUUGACGGUUGGUGCUUGUGUCUGCGUGCCAAACGAACGGAUCAAGAAGCGAAGCGUUGUCGAUGUCAUCAAUGACUUCCGUAUCACUUGGGCAUUCCUGACACCCUCUGUGGUCAAGUUCAUCAAACCUUCCGACAUCCCUCACCUCAAGACUCUCAUUUUGGGUGGUGAGGCGCUCACCACGCAGAACAUUCAAACCUGGGCAGGACAUGUCAACCUAAACAAUGGUUAUGGACCCACGGAAUGCACCAUUGCGGCUACUGCCAACACAAUCACGGAUCCUAAUGAAGACCCCGCCAACAUUGGCAAAGCUCUGGGCGGAAUUUGCUGGAUUACGGAAGCGGAUGAUCACAACAAGCUUGCCCCCUUGGGCACGAUCGGAGAACUUCUCAUCGAAGGCAACAUCGUUGCUCGUGGAUACCUGAACAACCCUGAGAAGACGAACGAAGUCUUUAUCGAAAACCCCACGUGGGCUCGCUCCUCUAGUGGCAAGGCCAGAAGAUUCUACAAGACUGGUGACCUUGCCUACUUCAACACGGACGGGUCAAUCAUGUUCAUGGGUCGCAAGGAUACGCAGGUCAAGGUCCGUGGUCAAAGAAUGGAACUGGGCGAGAUUGAGACGCAUCUCACGCUCAACAAGAACAUUCAGCACGCCAUGGUCAUGUAUCCCAAGACUGGUCCUUGCAAGCGGCAGCUAGUAGGACUUGUCUCUAUUGCAAAGCUUGGCGCUACGACCAACUCCAACGCGGCUGUGGAACUUAUUAGCUCUGAUGACACCGCCACUGCAUCAGCAGAGCUGGGAGACAUAAGCAGGAAGCUAUCGGCUCUAGUCCCGUCGUACAUGGUUCCAUCUGUGUGGAUCAUUGUACAGAGCUUCCCUCUGUUGGUUUCGGGCAAGCUGAACCGCAAGAGGGUUGAACAAUGGUUGACGUCAAUGGAUCAAGCCACUCACCAAAAGAUCUGCGGUAUUGGUGAGACUAUCCGUGUUCAGGCACCCUCAAACGAGGUCGAGGAGCAGAUCCACCAAGUUUGGGUUGCGGUUCUUAAGCUCCCUGCCGAAGAAAUUGGUGUCAUGCAAGACUUUGCAACCCUCGGUGGUGACAGUAUUCUUGGAAUGCAGGUUGUCUCCAAGCUUCGUGCCUUGGGAUACCAGAUCACAAUGACAGAUGUGGCCAAUGGUCGUACCAUCACUCAGCUGGCUUCACGCAUUGCCCGAGGAGGAAGGGUUGCCGUCGCCCCAGCCGCGCCAGUGGUUGACGUCGAGAAUGAGCUCUUUGACUUGACGCCAAUCCAGCAGUACUACGCAAACUUUACGCUCAAGGACGACUACCUCUCGAAGCAAACCAACAAGAGAUUCAACCACACUUUCCGCAUGGGAAUCAAGACGCCGAUCAAGGGCGCCUCGGUCAAGAAGUCCAUGGAAGCGCUUAUCAAGCGACACGCUAUGCUUCGUGCUCGCUUCCAAAAGGACGAUUCGGCUGCCUGUGGCUGGAAACAGUACAUCUCCUCUGAGGUUGAGACUUCCUAUCAAUUUACUGCCUGGGAGAAUGUCGACCUUGAGGAGGUCUUGCCCAUCAUUGAGCAGAACCGCACCAGCCUCGAUAUUGAGAAUGGUCCUCUUGUGGCUGUUGACUUUGUGACCAACGGUGACGAGCAGCUAUUCUACAUUGUGGCUCACCAUCUGGUUGUGGACCUUGUGUCUUGGAACAACAUUCUCCGGGAUCUCGAGGACCACAUGAGCACUGGUCAUUUCGUGGCCGAGAAGCCUUACCCGUUCAUGGCCUGGGCAAAGCAGGAGAAGGACUAUGCACUCAAAAACUUCUCUCCCGAGAAGGCACUCCCAUUGCGGAUUCCCAAAGCUGACUUUAGCUACUGGGGAAUGGAGGAUCGCGUCAACAUUAUUCGCGACGUUGCCCGCCAUGAGAUUGUCCUGACGGAGCGAGACACUGCAUCGCUCUUGACAAACUGUCCCAAAGCUUAUGGUGCUGAGCCAAUGGAUUUCCUGUGCUCGGCCCUCUCACAUUCAUUCAACUAUGUCUUCCGUGACCGCGCGGCGCCAGCCAUCUUCCGGUAUAGCCACGGUCGCGAGCAGAUUGGCAAUGCUGACCCGAGCGGUACUGUCGGAUGGUUCACCACUCUUUCGCCCAUCCACGUCCCAAUCAACAAUAAGGAUGACAGUAUCUCGGUUCUGCGACGAACUGUAGAUGCCCGCAAGAAGAUUCCUAUGAAUGGUCUCGGGUAUUUCGCAUCGCGCUACUUCCACCCAGCUGGUGCGAAGGCAUUUGCCGGACAGCUCGAAGACAUGGAAGUAUCUGUCAACUACCUCGGUGUGUCGGACAACCAACAGCGCAGCAAUUCCACGUCCAUUUUCGACAUGGAGGGCUCGAUCGAGAAUGGCUUGGGUGCCGAUGGACAGGAGGUCAAGGGUUUCAGCUUGUUCGCGCUCAAUGCCGAGGUCAAGGGUGGGAAGCUGCACAUCUACAGCGCCUGGAACAAGAACAUGCGGGGACAGGAUGCUAUCUUGCAAUGGUUCAAGACAUACGAGAGGGCGCUGAAGGAUGUGGCGUAUAGGGCCAAGAAGAGUACCCAGUCGACAAGGAGGCACAGCAAGCAGGGCAACUCGAGCAGUACUCACCUGCGUCCUGUUGCGCCGAACCGGACUCCCAGCCGCCGCCCGCGUUCGAGGAGGUUCAAUUCGCUCGAGCGCAGGCUCUCGAUUCCCAGGCUGGUCUAA